AUGGAGGAUUCCAAGUCUCUAAGAUCAAAGCUUUUCAACAUGUUCAACAAAAAGGCGCCACCUUUUUCAGAUUUCACCAGCAUUUGCAGCCACAAGAAGAAAUUAUUUAGCAAUGGAGUGAAUCAAUGGAGGUUCAGGUUUGCCAAUUCCUUCAAUCAUGUCAGACCCACUACUCGAAGGACUCCAAAGAGCAAAGCAAUGCAUCGAUCUUUGGGGCUCAAGAACGAUUUCGAAGUGUCAGUGUAUGUGCCUAGAAAAGAGUUACAGAGGCCAACAGUAGCUAGAGGAUUAAAUUGGGAAGUGAUGGUGAUUGACAAUGAUAGAGAGAUUGCUGCUUAUCUUCCAUAUGGAAGGAUCAUGAUUUCCUCUAAGUAUCUUCGGAAUGUAGGUUUAACAGAUGCAGAAUUGGCAACCGUCCUCGCUCAUGAGGUUGCGCAUGGAUUGGCUCAGCAUAAUUCGGGACAAGUAGUUUUGAUUGCAGCUAUGCUAUGUCUGGCUCUAGUUUUGACUGCGCAUGGAUUGGCUCAGCAUAAUUCGGAACGACUAGUUUUGAUUGCAGCUAUGCUAUGUCUGGCUCUAGUUCUACCUGUUGGAUCAGUUAAACUCAUUUCUCAAAUUAUCAAUGCCAUCGUCGCCUUCAUUUCCAGGAGGAGGGAAAUGGAAGCUGACCAGAGAGGAAUGAUGCUGAUGGCUACGGCUGGCUAUCACCCUCGUCGUGCGGUAGGUUUAUUCGAGAGGUAUGGUGGUAGAGAGAGCAAUUUAAUGUCAACUCAUCCUUCCGGAAAGGAAAGGGCCAACAACCUAAGAAAUGUUAAACUGGUGAGGAAAGCUGAGCUUGCAUAUGAUCAGGCACGAGCAAUUCAGCAAGUCAAAGAGCAAACCAGAUAUCUAUCAGUUUACAAGAGAUUAUUAAUGGCUUUUAGUGGUUACUGGCGAGACAGAAAAUCAGAUUAA